UCGCUUGGCACUAAGGACAGAUCGAAGGAAGGAGCUGGUCUCCGACACGCAACGGACUGUGUAUACGCUUAUAAUUGUAUGAAACCAUAAAUUCCACAAGUGCAUGUAUUAUUGGGAAAAAAAAUGGCAGUGCAAGAAGUUGGUAUCGGAGAUUUGGUUCUUUUGAAUGAGAUUACUGUGGAGAAGGUUGUAGACAAUUUACAAAUCAGAUUUAAUGGCGGCAAAAUUUACACAUAUAUCGGAGAAGUAUGUGUCAGUAUAAAUCCCUACAGAAGCAUAAAUAUAUACGAUGCUGAUCAUAUUAGUAAAUAUAAAGAUAGAGAACUAUUUGAAAACCCACCACAUAUUUUUGCAAUUGCCGAUGCGGUGCAUAGGGAAAUGAAACAACAAGGCCGUGACACUUGCAUAGUAAUAAGCGGUGAAUCAGGGUCUGGCAAAACAGAAGCAAGUAAAAUUAUUAUGAAAUAUAUCGCUGCAGUCACAAAUUUAAGUGGCCAGCAAGAAAUAGAAAGAGUAAAAAAUAUUCUUAUUCAAUCGAAUUCCAUAUUGGAAGCAUUUGGAAAUGCAAAGACAAAUAGAAAUGAUAAUUCGUCACGAUUCGGAAAGUAUAUGGAUAUAGAUUUUAAUUAUAAAGGAGAUCCAAUUGGCGGUCAUGUUACUAAUUACUUGCUGGAAAAGUCAAGAGUUGUAUAUCAACAAAACGGUGAACGUAAUUUUCAUUGCUUUUAUCAGUUAUUGAAUGGCUGUAGCGAAGGAGAAUUAAAUAAACUACGACUAGUACGUGACCCAGCUGCAUAUUUCUAUAUCGGUGCCGAAAAUUGCAAUAAAGCGAGUUCAACUGAUAAAAGCGAUUACAAAACUGUUACCUCUGCUAUGUCCAUUCUUGGAUUUACACAAAACGAGAUGCAAACACUUUGGAAUGUCAUUGCUGGCAUACUACAUUUGGGUAAUAUUACCUUUAAACUUGACGAGGACAAACUCUUUAUUCAGAACAAAGGUGCUUUAAAUGAUACAGCAAAUUUGUUUUCCAUUAGCCCGCAGGAAUUAAGUACUGCUCUUACACAAAGAGUAAUAGCAGCAGGCGGAGAAGUUAUGCAAAAAACUCAUACUUCGAUAGAGGCAGAGUACGGAAGAGAUGCUUUAGCAAAGGCUAUAUAUGAAAGGUUGUUCACUGAUAUUGUAUCGCGUGUCAAUGCCGCAAUUAAUGUAAAUGAUUCAGAAAAUGUUCAAAGAUACAGAACAGUUAUUGGAGUACUUGACAUAUAUGGAUUUGAAAUAUUCGAUGUAAAUAGCUUCGAGCAGUUUUGCAUCAAUUAUUGUAACGAAAAAUUACAACAACUAUUCAUUGAAUUGGUGUUAAAACAAGAACAAGAAGAAUAUAAAAGAGAGGGGAUAGCGUGGCAAAAUAUUGAUUAUUUCAACAAUCAAAUAAUCUGUGAUCUAGUAGAACAGCAACAUAAAGGAAUUAUAGCAAUUAUGGACGAAGCCUGUCUUAACGUUGGCAAAGUUACAGAUGAAAUGCUCUUGGAAGCUAUGGAUAAAAAGUUACUCGAUCAUAAGCAUUAUUCCUCCCGACAAUUGAAACCAAUGGAUAAAGAACUUCAACAUAAAAUUCAAUUUAAGAUUAAACAUUACGCCGGAGAUGUAAUAUAUAAUGUAAACGGUUUUCUAGAUAAAAACAAAGAUACGUUAUUCCAGGACUUCAAACGCUUACUUUACAAAAGCAGUAAUCCAAUAAUUAGUAAAAUGUGGCCCGAAGGCGCUCAAAAUAUUUUUAAGACAACAAAAAGGCCUUUAACAGCUGGAACACUAUUUCGCAAUUCCAUGAUAGCUCUGGUUAAGAAUUUAACAAGCAAAGAACCGUUUUAUGUUAGAUGCAUAAAACCGAAUGAAGUUAAAUCACCUGUCGUAUUUGACGAAGAAAGAGUAAAUCAUCAAGUACGAUAUUUGGGUCUCGUCGAAAAUAUAUUGGUCAGGCGUGCCGGUUUCGCGUAUCGCCAACGAUAUGAUAUAUUUUUAAAACGGUAUAAAAUGAUAUCCCAAUACACAUGGCCAAAUUUUAGAGGCGGUAGUGAUAAAGACGGCGUCCGUACUUUGUUGGAUGAAAAAGGCUUCGGUAAUGACGUUAAAUAUGGUCACACUAAAAUAUUUAUACGUUCGCCUCAAACACUUUUUGCGUUAGAAAAGGCACGUAGCGAUUUGAUACCGGGUAUCGUGAUAUUGCUGCAAAAACAAUGGAGAGGAUAUUUAUGUCGUCAAAAGUAUAAAAAAAUGAAAGCCGCGCUAGUUAUAAUGGAACACUAUCGAAGAUAUAAAAUACGUACUUAUGUUAAUGAAUUGGAAAAGAUUUUCCGAAAUGCAAAGACGAUGCGAGAUUAUGGGAAACGUUUAAUUUGGCCCCGUGAAAAUUUUGCCAUCAUGCAUGUACUACGUGCUUUGAAGCUGAUGUAUGAGAGAUGGUGGGCAUGGAUGAUUCUUAAACUUAUCCCUAGAGACGAUUGGCCACAACUACGGUUAAAGAUGUCCGCGGGGAUAGUUCUGCGUUCAAAACGACAGUAUUGGGGGCAGGACAGGCGAUGGGAAGGAAAUUAUCUUUCUAAACCGAACGAAAACCCUCAAAGCGAUAUUUUUAACUCUUCGAUAAAUAAUCUGCGCAACACUGAUCAUUUCAAGACUGUUUUAUUCAGUGCAUUUAUUAGGAAGACUAACAGAUUUAAUAAACCAAAAGAUCGUGUACUGGUAGUAACAGAAUAUGCGAUAUAUAAGCUUGAAAGCUCUAAAUGCAAAAGUAUGAAAAAGGGUAUGCCAAUAGCUGAAAUCACUGGGUUAAGCAUAUCGCCUGGAAGGGACCAGCUUAUAACGAUUCAUUCAAAUCGAGGAAAUGACUUCAUCAUGUCGAUUAUUACUAAUGACGACAAAGUCGGGGAACUCGUUGGUAUUUUAAGCAACAGAUAUAGUCAAUUACGUUCGGCUGAUCUACAAGUCACGGUGGAUGUAAAAUUUAAAUGUAUGUUAGGGAACAAAAGUAAAGUAUUACGGGUAGAAGUACAUCCUGAAGUUAACGAACCAACGUUUAAAAAAGACGGUGAUAAUAUUAUAUUUGCAAUUCCACCAUCGAUUGGGAUAAUCGAUGGGUGUGCCAACACAAGGAUUCAAAUUAGAACAGCUAGUUAAAAUAAUAUUUAAACUGCUCUUUUAAUAUUCCACAGUGAAUAUUGAAGUUCAAUCAUUUUUAACGCUUUUAUAGAAGCAUUUUUUGAAGCUUUUAUUCGUGUUUUGAAGAUAUUCUUAAGCAUUUUUUAAUGUACAAAUAAUAUUAUGUUAGGAAUUCAAACAAUUGAAAUGAUAAGGUUGUGAAUAAUGAACCGGAUAAUCAAAUGAUGACUCAAAGAUUUUAUGAGGCUUUAAUGCCCCGGUAUCGUACAGCUUUUACUGUCGAGACUUUCACCCGAAAGUUUCAACAGUAAAGAAAGGUGACUGUAUGGAAAGGAUUUGUCACAAUUAAUGUCUAACGAAAUUGAUUUUCAUUUGUAAAUACGUAUUGAGAUAUAUUCAUUCGGAGUAAUGCAUAUUAAAUUACGAGCAAUGGCAUUACUUAUGUGAAUAAUUUCUAAAAUAUGAAAUUGUAACGAUACGAAGUUUCUCCGUUUAAGUGACUGAUGUGAUUAGGAGAAUACAUGCGAAAAGUGCCAAGCGACUAUUAAACUUAUACUUCAGCAACAAAAUUUAAAGAGUGAGAUUACGCUGCUUUAUAACACUCAAACAGCUAAGAAAGUUGUCAAUAUCGUCUUUAAAAAAAAAAAAUGGAGGAAAAUCCGAAUUUGAUACAGUAGCCUUAAAUGUUCUUCACUAUUGUGGCCUUCUACUUAAAGUAUUUUUGACCAAGUAUUUUUACAUUAUCGUAGGGAGUUUGUACACCGCAUCAAAGUAUAAUAAGAUAUUUGUAUAAUAUGAUUUAUAUGAAAGCUGCUAAUUGAU